AUGUUGGCUCCUCAAUUCAACAGGCGUCAUACACCUAAUUUACUUCGUGCGACAACAGUCAGUAGUUUUUUGCGCCAAGUCGCCGACUUGUCAUCCACGUGCAGUCGUCAGAUUGUCAUCAGAGCGCAGUCUGCGAGCGGCGUCGCCCGCGCCACACGCCAUUCACUCAACGCUAUCAAUUCAAGUGUUAUCAUUGCGCGACAUUCAUUCCCGACAUACAACGCUAUUGUUCUCGGCAUUUGUGCUAAAAUGAAGAAAGUAGACUCACACGCCAGCCUGAAAAAGGGCACGUCCAGAUCAGCGCGGCUGCUCACAGACAGCGUAUCGUCUGAUGAGCCAGAGGCAGAACGGUUGUUGAGCUGUAAGCAGCCCGUGGUUGUGCCGGCAACACCCCGCCGGGAUUCCUUCACAGCACCACCGUCGCCCACAGACUACGCCAAGAAGCGCGACAAUCCUCGCCAUCACAAUUACAUGAACCAUCUGCAUCAUCUCAUUCACUGGAGAGAUAUAUGGAGCGGUGAACCUCACAGAGCACACGAGGUACAGAGGUUAAGGCAUUUUAUUUUCGAUGCUAUGGGAUAUUAA